AUGUUUUUCAAACGGCCAAAGGAUGAUUCCACCAAUCCAGCACCGCCAGAGGUUUACAACUGGCGCAUCUACGCGCUCGCUGCCUCCGCCGCGAUGGGUUCAGCCAUGUUUGGAUACGACUCAGCCUUUAUCGGUGGGACCAUGUCGCUGCCUGCCUUUAUGAGUCGUUUCCAUCUAUCGACGGCAAGUGGUGAUCAGCUCGCAGCUUUGAAGGCGAAUAUUGUUAGCACAUUCCAGGCUGGCUGCUUCUUCGGUGUUAUCUUUUGCUAUCUCCUUACGGAGAGGAUUGGACGGCGCUGGCUCCUUAUCUACUGCGGCGCUAUCUUCGAUGUUGGUGCUGUUUUGCAGCUGGUCUCUCCUGGAAUCCUUGGUCUCAUUUAUGCUGGACGUAUUGCUGUCGGCGCCUCCUCGAUGAUCGUUCCCGUGUACAUCUCCGAAUCAUGCCCUCCAGCCGUGCGAGGGCGUCUGAUUGGAAUCUUCGAGAUUUUCAUCCAAGUGGCGCAGAUCUUCGGCUUCUGGGUCAACUACGGUGUCAAUAUCAAUGUCUCGCCUACCUCUGAUUCCCAGUGGCAUAUCCCUUUCGCUAUCCAAUUAAUCCCUGGGAGCAUGCUCUGCAUUUGUAUGUUCUUCCAGCCGGAGUCUCCUCGCUGGCUCCUGAACGCAAAACGUACCGAGGACGCAAGAAAAGUGCUGAGCUAUCUUCGCAACUUGCCGGAGAAUCAUGAAUAUCUGAGCUGGGAGAUCAAUACAGUCCUCCAGCAAGUUGAGCACGAGCAUGCUGUUGUCUCAAAUAAGAACUUCAUCGGGAAACUCCGUGAAAUUGGGCUGCCAGCCAACCGAAACCGUCUCCUGAUGGGUAUUGCACUGAUGCUCAUUCAAAAUAUGUCUGGAAUCAACGCCCUUAAUUAUUAUUCGCCAUCUAUUUUCAAAGCUAUUGGGUUCACUGGCACCAGUGUUGGCUUGCUAGCAACUGGUAUCUUCGGCAUUGUCAAGGCCACUGCAACUGCAAUCUUCAUGAUCUGGGGCAUCGAAACUCUUGGACGCCGUAGAGCUCUUCUUAUCGGCUCCGUUGGUGCCAUGAUAUCACUUUACUACAUCGGUGCAUACACUAAAGUAACAAACUCAUUCUCAGCCAGUGCAGCUGCAAACUCUACCAAGGAUGCUGCGGCUUAUAUUGCAAUCGUCAUGAUCUACGUAUUCGCCGUGUUCUACGCGAUGUCAUGGAACGGCAUCCCUUGGAUUUUCUGCGCCGAGGUCUUUCCAAUGGCCAUUCGAUCCACCUGCCUGUUGUUCACAACAUGUGCGCAGUGGCUGGGCCAGUUUAUUAUCGUGUAUUCCACUCCAUACAUGAUGGAGAACAUCAAGUGGGGGACAUUCAUUCUCUUUGGAUCAGCAGUCCUGUUUGGUGUUAUCUUCACCUUUACUCUCGUUCCUGAAACUAAGGGAUUGUCUCUCGAGGACAUGGAUAUCUUGUUCUCGCAAUCCGGUCUUGGACUGACCUGGCGUAAGAAGACGGAUGCUAUUCUUGCCGAAAGACGUGAAGAAGGUAUCGCGAAUGUGCUCGCAGAAGUGAAGCAGGACGUGGCCCAUUUGGAGAAGGUCUAG